AUGUCAGUGAAUGGUGAAAAAAUUGUUGAAGAUGCUCUAAAGACCAUUGUGUGUGGGACCAAUGUAGAAGUGAAUGAGCUUCUGAAAACACUACAGAAAGCAGAAACUUUCUUGGAACGUGAUCGUUUUUUAAAGGAAGUUUCAGGUGAUACUUUAAUAAUAGGACCUUGUCGAGGUCAUGCAGCUGACUUGGCUCAUUACCUUCAAAAGGAUGUUCUUUACAAGGCAUCUAGAGGUGAAUUAAAUAUUGUUUUUCUUGGAAAUUAUGUGGAUGGAGGUCAUCAGUCUUUGGAGGUAUUGUAUUUAGUUGCUCUUAUGGUACAACAUUUUCCCUCUGUUGUUCCUUUAAUUGGUAGUCAUGAAAUGUAUUAUCCAUUUCCUUCAGGUGACUUUGGAUCAUUGCAAGGUGAACUUCGUUUACGUUCUAUUCAAAUGGGAGUUCCUUUAGAUACUCUGGAAGAAGCUUUAAAAGAUUUCUUUACAAAACUUCCUGUGGUAUGUAUUGUAAAUAAACGUUUCUUCUGUUCCUCUAGUGGACUUGCAUCAGAGUACCGAUUCAUUUCUACUAUUGCACAAGAGUCCUCACAAAUGAAACUCAGUGGUUUUAUUCAAAAUAAACCAAUGGAUGAAGAUGAAGAUAGACUUGCAUCUGGAUGCGCAUUUGUGGGAGCACAAUCAGAGAUUGGAAGUUAUUUUAGGUACUCAUUUGAUGCUAUGUGUAAUUUCUUGUCGCGUAAUAAUCUCUAUACCCAUAUUGGAGGUCUUGAAUAUCACACAGGUCGUUAUGAAGUUGAAACCUUCUCAAGACUCAAUCGUCAUAGGGAAUCCACUUAUUUCCCCGGGUAUGUGCUGGGUAGAUUCCAGUAUAGAUUUCAUGUACCAACACAUAUAUUACUUUUUUCUGCUCCCCAUUUUGCUGGAGUAAAUCAAAAUUAUGGCUGUACAUUAGCUAUAAAAGGAGAAACAUUGGAAUUACGACAGUUUGAUGUGUAUAUGGAACGCCCAAUUAUUAUGCCCGGAAAUGAGAAUCAUGCCUUUUCUUGGUCACAGGAGAUUCUAGAGAGAUCACUGACAUCUAUUAUACAUGAUAUAAUGUUUGCUGAUAUUCCAAAACCUCCAGAAAAUGAAGAUAAUAACGAUCCAGCGUGUACACAGGAAGCACAAAAUAUGAAAUCAAGGUAUCUGAGAAUGUGCCAACUUCUGAAAAGUCAUUCAUUGCCUUUACCGAAUUAA